AUGGAUCUCGAGGCCCCUGAACCUCCUGCCGCAGCUGCCCAGGCUGUGCCUGUUGAGGUUCGCCUUGCAUCCUUGAGCCGUGACGUGGCCCUGCUCGGGCGUCAUUUGCGCAGUGUUCAACACCGUUUGGUCAGCCUUGAGGAUCGCGUGGUCGCCUUGCAGUCCCGUGUGCAGGAUAACGCUGAUCAGCUUGAACAGGACUCCACCCGCCUUGCUGCUAUCAGCCAGUUUCUGCAGGCCUUGGUUCAACACUUGAGCUUUCUGUUGCGCGGCCUUUUGCACGCCCUGCCUGUGCGUCUGUGUCACGAGAGCUUGAGCCAGGACACCCGGCAAGCUUUGCAUGUCCUGUCUUGCACGGCUUCGGGUCGUUCGCUGUGGAAAAUGCCCUGGGAUGUGGGUCUUUUGGCCUAUGAUCCCACGCCCAAGCCCUUGAAGCCCUUGGCGACAGUGUUGCCGACUUUUGCGAGUCCCACUCCAUCGAGCGUGCCAGCCGAUACUCCCCCGGUUCGGCAGAAGCUUAAACGGCCGUGUUUUGUUCAGAAUGUCCCUUACAAAUUUGUAAAGACUAAGCUGGAAACUAAAACUUGGCUGCAAUUGCAGAACGAGGAGCGGCAUCUUGCAGUGAGCAAGUGGAUUUCCGUUGUUGCGUGUGAUCCCAUGUCUUUUGGUGUCGCUCGCAACUGGUAUCAAGGCAAGGUCGCAGGUCACUGUGUUGGCACGCUUUCCGAUAGCGUCGCAGAUGCUCUUUCAGCAAAGGCGACAGCCACUGUGAAUAAUAGGGCCUCACACCUCUUGCGGUUUGUGGUAUGGACGCGGGGAAGGAAUAUGCUACCGUUCCCUUUGGUCGAGGCAGCCGUUUACCUGUACAUGGACACAAACCGCGCCACGGCUGCUCCAACUGCAUUUCGCAGUUUCCUUUCCUCCGUCGCAUUUGCGAAGUUCGUUCUGGGGAUGCCUUCGGCCGAUGAGGUCCUUUGUUCGCAUCGAAUCACGGGCCUUUCUGCGAGGACCUAUCAACUCAAGAGGCCAUUGAAGCAAAGACUCCCCUUCACUUGCGCACAAGUCAGGAAGCUGGAGGCGAUACUUUCAGGUCAGUUACGCCGCUCGACGGCGGACAGAGUGGCUGCAGGUUUCUUCCUCUUUAUGAUAGGCAGCAGGGGCCGCUUCUCGGACGCCCAGAGGGUGACCGAGCUCAGGCUCCCGCGCGGGGCAAAGUACAUCACUGCUGUUGCGUCGCGCACGAAGAGUUCGACCUCACUUGAGCGCAAGACUCGCAUGCUGCCCAUGGCUGCUCCUGUUGUGAUGCUUGAUGACGAACGUCCAUGGGGAGUGACUUGGUUUGAGCUUUUGGAGUCCGAAGGUCUAGGCCCAGAUCAAGAGUGCCCGCUUCUUCCGCUGGCCAGGUCAGACGGGACUUGGGCUAAGGUGCCUUUGCCGUGUGAUAUGGCGAAUGUGUGGCUGAAGUCAUUGCUCGAUUUUGGCAGCGAUUCCUACGGCAGUUAUGGGACGCAUUCCUGCAAACGUACACUUCUUGCUUGGUCGUCGCAGUUUGGGCUUGCGAGAGAUAUCCGUUGCAUUUUGGGCUAUCAUGUGUCCAGAGCUGCAGGUGUAGGAACCGAGAUCUUGUAUGAGGCCGACGCGCAGGCUCAACCUCUCAGGGAGAUGUCGAGGAUGCUCCUGUGGGUCCGGAAGGGCGAUUUUGAUCCUGAUGCCCCGAGAGGUCGCAAGUUCAGGGUGGCUGAUGGCGAAGAACAGCCUUUUCCCGAGGAUGAAGAUGACUGUGGAGAGGACGGAGCUGUGUCGUCUUCGGAGGGCAGCGAGGAUGACGAGACCCCUGAUCGCAGGUUAGAUGAAGAUUGUGCCAACCAGCUCGUGGGACGCUGGACCGGGAGAGUCGACGAGUCGCUGCUGCCUGUGAGUGGGGUUUAUGUACGCAACUUGGUGUCGAGGGUCAUCCACGUCGCCGCUGAGGAGGGCGGCGAAAUUUUGAUUUGUGGAGGUGUAAACAGUGUUUCAGACGUUUUGUGCGCUAGCGGCUGCUUGGAGUGCAGUUCUCGUUGCUGUUCCGCAGACAUGUCUGGGAAAGCUUACUGCUGCCUUGAGGUGGAGCCGUUUAAGGUUCAAGAAGGUGCGGUUGUGUGCACCAUGGCGGCCUAUUCGGAAUCCACUCCAGUGUUCCGAGCCCGAUGCGCAGCAUGUGGACUUGAUGAAGCCGAGACGGAGAGUCUUGUCGCUGCCGGCCUCACAACCUUGGCGAAGGUCGCUUUCUGCAGUGCCUAUACCCCAGGCGCUGGUGACGAUGGCAGUCUCAUCUUAGCCCUGUCAACUGCGUUGGGAAAAGAGCCGACCUUGGGGCAAAAAGCCUCUUUCCGAAGGCUCUUUCACGAGUCUUUCUCAGUUACGACUCAUGAGAUGAAAGGUUUGGUGAGCCAAACGGAGGAGAGUGCACCUCGAAAGCUCUCGGUCCCGGAAAGGGCUGAGAGGCAUUCCGCCAUUGUGAAGCGACUUCCAGGUCUUGACAUUAGAAACCGCACUGAACCGUCCGAUUCAUUGCUUGAUCUGUGUGUUUCAAUGUAUGAGAACAACAAGCUUCUAUAUGUGGAGUGGGACCGCCUGACGAGUAAGGAGCAGGAGCAGACGCUGAGCGCCAAGCGGGAGAAAGUCCUUUCUGUUGAUGCGGCCGGCAUGUUGCGGACCGAAAAGUCCUCCCCGGCAAUAGCCGAUACUUCGACUGAGCUUCUACUCCUUCUUGCCAUGACUCGCAGAGCGGUGGCCUUUGAGAUGGCAAACCUCCUCGACUAUAACCUGCAUGCGCGCUGGAGCGAGCGCCUGCAAAGUGCCCGUUUGGACCCUGUGCUCGCGGGCCACUUGCAACCCACUUUCCAGCAGCUGCAGGCUGCUGAUCGCCGCCUUUUCAUGCUCCUUGCGGACCGAACAAGGACCGGUAUCCAACUGAAUGCCACAGGCAAGCGGCCGCUUGACCUGAUCUUUGUUGAGUGCACCCAAGCUUCGGAAGUCCUUCACCUGUUGCAGCCCCUUCCCAAGGCCCAGAGUGGGCCGUCUCCCCCCAACGAGAGUGCUGAGCGUGGCGGCCCUUACCCAAGAGGCCGAGGUCGUGGGAGAAGCCAGAAGGGAGGUCGCAAGGGCGCUGGCAAGGGCGUUCGAAUGCCCUUCGGGCUCCAGGGCUGCCGUUCCUGCACCAACAACAACGAGCCCAUAUGUUUCGAUUAUAACCUCAAGAAGUGCCGUGAAACGGUCACCCGAGGCCGUUGCCGGAAAGGCCUUCAUAUCUGCGCUGUCGGUCGCUGCGGACGUACACAUCCUGCCCUGGACUGCCCCAACAAGCCGGCGGCCAUGGGUGCCGAGGCCUUGAUGCACGCAUACCCCGCACCGGUGCAUCCUGCAGAAAUUUUGGCUUUUUCCAUGCUUCAAGAGCGCGCCCUGGUCCGCUCAAAAAUCGUCGAGAUGGUGGACUUGCUCCCCUUCGAGCCUUCGCCGCGGGCCGAGACUGGUCGUGCUUUCGCUGCCGGGGCUUAUGGUCAGGGUGCACUGGUUGGGUUUCGUAAGAAUACCCUGGUUUUCCCUUUCUGUGUUUUUGCCUUGACUGCCUGGCUGCGCCUGCUGUGCCCAGAUUCCAUUUUCUCAGCCAUUGUUCUCCUGGAUGCUGACGACGCUCCAUUCCAUAAGGAUGUGCGUAACCAUCCUGUGCCUAACACCGUUGCGCCUUUGACCGCCUUCCAAGGUGGUCUGCUUUGGGUCGAGGGUUGUGGUAGUGAAAGCCUCCCUUGUGCUGGCCACACCGUCCAAGGUGGCCCUUUGUCCUGGGAGCAUGGUGCCGUUACCUUCGACGCCUAUCGCCUGUGGCAUAAAGUCCUGCCCUGGACGGGGCGCAGGCUUGUCUUGGUGGGUUUCACUCCUGCCUCCUGCCACCGGCUCCUGCCGGACGAUCGGCUCUCACCUGCUGAUCACGCUCGUGUCCAAUGUGCCAAUGCAAUCUACGAGGGCGCUGCUGCUUUCUUCGAAUUUGUUCUGGCUUCUUUUCCUCAGGUCGGCGUCUCAGUAGAGAACCCUCUGCAUUCAUGGCUUUGGAUGUUGCCGCCUUUUGCCUCUUUGAUGCAGCGCUGCACUUUCGUUGCUUUUGACCUUUGCAGGCAUGGCUCCAACAGGCGCAAGGCUACGGGCCUUCUCACCAACGUGCCAGGUUUGGGGGUCCUUAGUGGGCCAUGCCCAGGUUGUGCGGAGCAUCAGCCCUGGCAAGUCCAAAACGGCGAGUUUGCCACUGCCCGUGAGGCGGCCUACCCGCUCCUUUUCUGCCAGCGGUUCGUGGCGGCGGUUGCGGCCUCCGCUUCAGCGUCUGGGUUGGGCCCUGAUCCCGAUGCCCUUUCUGCCCAUGCUUCCGCGCGUGCAGCCAACCACGUGCAGCCACGCGGGCGCCGCUUUCCGCCGCUCAUACCCGAGUACAGUUACACUGUCACUGUCUUUUCUGAGAUGCCGCCGCCGCUCAAUGCUAAGCGUUGCCUGACAGAUCCUUGGCUGGGUGUGCCGGCCGGCAGCCGUUUCCUGCGACAGUCACUUGAAAGGGGGGGAGUCGCUCUUCCUGACUUCCCAGGGCCGUCGUACGUUACCUUUGGUGUGUACCGUGAGCCGUUGCAGUAUGUGCAUCAUGCUCUUUCCCUGCAGCAUCCGUUUGACCUGGCUCGGGCCGUGCCUGAUGACCUUCUGCGUGUACUCUUUAAGACUUUGACGGGUGGGCCUGUAGCAGUCCUCCGAAAGAGGCUGGCCCUACUCGAGAAAAUUGGACGGUCUUUGGGUUGGCCAGAUGAGGCCAUCUAUCGGGACCUUGCGGAUGGUUUUCGCAUAACCGGCUAUCUUCCUGCGACAGGAGUCUUUGAGCCUGACGUGCGCCCUGCAGAGCUUGAUGAGCAGGAGUUCUGGACCCGAGCGCCCGCUCUCCAGAAUUCCUUGGUGGAGAAGAUUCGAAAGCAGGCCAUCGCUGACUUCGAGCAACCCCUGUGGGAGCUGACUCUGGACGAGGCCGACCCGAACUCGAAGGCAUGGCUUCACGGGCCUCUCUCAUUGGAGGAGGUCAGGCAGCGUUUCGGUGACAAAUGGUGCCCUUGCAGAAGAUUCGCGGUAUGGCAAAAGAAGUGGCGACCUAUCGACGAUCUCAGCGAGAACAAUGUCAACUCGACAUUUGGAGCUUUCGAGAAGGUUGCCUUGAGGGCCCUCGACGAGAUUGUGUGGGUCUGCUCAACGAUCUUUCGCUGCGCCUCAUCCCGAGGAGAUGUGUCUUUGACUCUUUCAGAUGGCACUUGCCUGAAUGGGAAAGUGCAUGCCAUGUGGGAGCAGGGUGAUAACAUCAGGCCCCUCACGAAGACCUACGACUUGAGGUCUGCUUACAAGCAGCUGCCGCUGCACCCAGAAGAGCAAAGGAAGGCUGUCAUCAUGCUGCGGGAACCUGGGACCCGUGAGCCCAGAGCCUUUGUAUGCCGGACCCUACCUUUCGGGUCUGCGGCUUCGGUUCUGCAGUUCAACCGGGUCUCUUUGCUGCUUAGGCGCAUCCUCCUUGAGGUCGACGUGCUUGCCUCCUGCUACUACGACGACUACCCUUGCACUGCGCCUAAGUGUCUUGCAGAAGCAACUGAUGGCUGUGCCCAUGCAGUCUUCACUCUUUUGGGUUUUGAGACUUCGGUGGACAAGGAGUGUAGCUUUUCUACGCAAACCGAGCUGCUGGGUGUCACCCUUGAUACUUCCGAUCAAGGGUAUCAGGCUGUCCGGGUAGCCAAUAAGCCAGACCGUGCCAGCGCCAUAGCUGAGUCACUCGAGAUGGUCAUGCAUCAAGGGAGAGUGAGGGUGGCUGAGCUUCCUGCCCUUUUUGGCAGGCUCCAGUUUGCCGAAUCACAGCUCUUGGGAAGAUCCGGCCGUCUGGCGCUGGCUGACCUUCGCAAGCUUGAGGCUGCGAAUGCUGUGAGUGUGCCCUUAACGCCCCAUCAUCUUGAAGCCUUUGCUCUUCUCUUGCGCCGCAUGCGCUCCGGACCGCCCCGAAGCAUUUCCACAGCAGGCGAUCUUUCGCCCGUGCUUGUCUUCACCGAUGGUGCAUGCGAACCCAAGGGAGAUAAGUUCGAGUGCAGUGUGGGGGGCUUGCUAAUCGUUCCGGGCUCCCGCCCGACGAUGAAGGUCUUUGGCUGCCGAGUGCCAGAUUCAGUUGUGCAGGUGUGGGCAGAGGGAAGGAAACACAUCAUAGGGCAGACCGAGCUGUAUGCCGUGGUCCUCGCUCGAGUGCUGUGGAGUAAUGACCUGUCAAAUCGUAGGGUUGUCUACUUUAUCGACCAUUCAGGCGUGCAGGGCGCAUGCAUGACCGGGACGUCAUCCGACUCAUCCUGGAGGCAACUUCUUAUGGCCUUUGAAGUUGCAGAUGAAGCGAGGCCUUGCAUGUCCUGGUUCCAUCGAGUUCCCAGAGACACCGCGUUGUUUCCUCACUGGCACAAUCCUCGAAAGGAUGGAGUGAAAAGGGGAAAGAAGGUGCGUGAAAGUGUUCGGGACCUUGCGGAUAGUGUGCUCGCGUUGGAAGAGCGAGUAGAGUCGCUGCGCCUUGACACUGAUUCCGCUCUUCGUAGGGCUGGAGAUAACGGGAUCCAGGUGGCGUGGUGGCUGGAUCAACAUAAUCAGCUGCGUUCUUGGGUCGUCAUUAGUGUCCUUUCCCUCUUCGUCCUGCUCCUGCAGGUCGUGCGAGCACUGGCCGGGUGGUGCAUUGCAGCGCCCCCUGCGACAACCGAGUCCGUCCAAAGCUAUGAGGGUCGAGUGGCCGUCACAAAGCUUGCUGGACCAGGAACCAAGUUGGGGGCUAUCAUCCUUGAUGCAGCUGAAGAAGACGAAGAGCUUGUUCUUGAGUCGGUCCGGCCUCGCUUGCAGAUGAGCAAGUCGUUGCAGUGUUUCCGAUCACCGAGCAAGAAGCUCAUUUGCUACAUGCGGCGUGAAGGGGCACCGGUGCAUAAGAAGGUGCCACUUACUGUCGCUGAGGUGGUCUUUCUUGAGACCUUGGCCGCAUCAAGCGCAUGUGUGGAUGCCAUCAUCGCAGGUUUUGUGUGUUUCGCUCUUCACUGUCGCUUGAGAUGGUCUGACGCAAUGCGCUCAGAGGAGGAGCCAGUCCUGGAUGCGCCUGAGGGAAGGGGGUUUGUUGAGACGAGCCUUUACAGCUAUAAAACCGUAGCUGCCAUGAAGUUUCGGUUGUUGCCGGUUGUAGCCGUGCUACCGGGAAUGUCCAAGCUUGAUUGGGCGGGCAACUGGUUGCGCAACCGGAGAGACCAUAAUCUGGUGGCGAGCAGGAAUUGCCCGUUGCAGCCUGCGCCCGUGUCCACAGGGGGGUGGUCGGCAUUGCCAUUCGAGCCCAUGCAUGGGGCUAUGUGGUUGCGUGAGAAGCUGGCAGGUAUGCACGUUCCGGUGAGCCGACUUAGCGAUAUUGCAACUCACUCCCUGAAGGCAACGGUGUUGUCGUGGCUGUCGCGUGCUGCGUGCCCGCAAGACUUGCAGCGCAGGGCAGGGUAUCACAUGUCAACCUUUGAGAAGAGUGCGUUGGAGUAUGAGCGGGAUGGACAAUCAGCUGUGCUGCAUUUCAUUGAGGGCGUGUACGAGUGCAUCAUUCAUGCCAUGUUUUCCCCUGACGCAAGUCGAUCUGGUCGUUGGUCGGGAUGCAGGUCGGUUGAAGAGGGCAUGAAAAUUUUGGCAGGCGCCGUUGAUGAGGUGUUCCCACGAGCGACUGAGGGUGAUGGGGAUGCCAGUGAUUUGGAAGAUGAGUCGGAGCCCGAUGCACAAGGUGCAGAAGCUGAUUCCGAGGAUGAGCAGAUGAUGGCGGAAGUAGCUGUGCAUCAGGUCGCAAAGGCCGCGCCUAUGGCCAUGCCGGAGUGCAUAGCCUUUAGGCACUGGAUGAGUGGAGUUGUGCACUUGAGCCCUGUUGUGACUUCAGAUGACGAUGGGGAGGCAUGCGUGUUCAAGUGUGGGAGGAGGCAUGCCCUGUUUGUGCAGCUUGGGAAGGCCCGAGUGCUCGCGAGGCAAAGGUGCACGCGCAUUGGCAUCCCGGGAGCCGUUGUGAAGAAGCUUGCUACCCAUGGGUGGAACACUUAUGCUACCUUUGGCUUCUGCAUCCAGAAUCAUGCUGAUGACAAGUCGUUCGAGUCACAGGUCAUAGGACCCGUCUUGGGUACCGACCCAGCUAUGGUCACCCACGCUGCGAAGUUGCGUAGGUUGUUCAUGGAGUCCUACACUGUGUCUGCGGGCGAAAUCAAGAGACAGGCUGAGGCGUCGGAACAGGAUGCGCCGCGGAAGUUGCCACCACAAGAGAUGGCAGCCCGAAUCGAGCUGUUGGCAGCGAAGAUUGCUCCCUUGAAGAUUCAGGAUCGCCUUGAGCCAUCCCAGAACUUGGUUAGUUUGGCGUGCCAGAUGUUGGAUGAGGGUCGUGUCAAGUACAUCUCUUGGGCGCAGUGCACCACAAGGUCGCAGGAGAUCAACGCUGUCAAGGAGAUCAAUGGCCUUAAGAUUUGGCAGCCAGCCAAGGAUGGUGUCAUCAAGGAGACGCGUGUGGAGCCAGGCAUGACAGCGGCAGUGGCUACGGAGCUUGAGGUUCACCAGGCACUGCGUCGCAGAAGCAUUGCUUAUGCUGUGGCACAGGUGAUGUCCUUUGCCCGUCAUGAAGAACUGAUAGCCCUCUUGUUUGAUGAGUUGCAACGCGAGGCAAAGGCUGGUUUCCACCCCGUGUCGCUGGCUCAGCUUGCGCAAGCGGACAGAGAGAUUCACGUUCGGCUGGGCGAGGCAACCAGGGCAGGUCUGGUGAACGGACCUGGCGGUGAGCUCCCACUUGAUGUUCCGUUGACCCGUGUCUUGCAGAGCCCGGCGGUCAUGUGGUUGCUCAUGCCUCGUCUCAAGCAGGGGUCAGCGCCAGCAACCGAAGAUCCGGAGGCGGCUGAAACGCCCAAGAAGAAGAGGACUCGGAAGAACAAGAAGAAAGACCCGAAGAAGGAGGCGGAUGUUGAGACACCGCCUGCCAAGAAGCGUCGGGUUCCCAUGCCGAAGGCGCUGAUUGGCGGCACACCCGAGGAUCCUGAGGGAAACUCGCUGUGUUUCGGGUUCUCGUUGAAGACCUGUAAGGGCCAUGCCGUGUCCGUGCUUGACGAUGGGGGGGCCGAAGGGCCAAGCCUUGACGCUCAUGUGAAGCCUCCGGAGGGAGGUGAUCCGUGGGCGUCCGUGCAUCGUCAGGUCAAGCGGCCUAAGUUUGUGCAAAGGCGUUUGCAGCGUGUGCUUGAGGCUACGGGUCCAGUUUUGGUGCGCCAUGAAGCGGUUCAUAAGCCGUGCAGCCUUCAUGGUGUGGGACACUCGCCUACUGAUUGUGAUGCAGCUCAGCAUCCUGCUGAGAGACUUGCGGCCACGAUCAGCAAUCCUGACAACAAUGAUAUCCUCAGGCUGUUGAAGCUGUUACCGUCAGAGAAGCCAGCCCGAGGUGUUGAGCAGCCGAAUUCACAUUCUUUCAGCACAGGUGCUUUUUCUAAAGAUGGACGGGUCGGGGUGCGUAAUUUUCUUAAGGAGUUUCCUGUCACAUCGCGUCUCUUGACGGCUUUCGUGCGCCGACAUGCCCCGGGGCAUUGCUUUGGGGCCGUAGCGCUCUUUACCAAUCUUGAGGCAGAUUUUCACAAAGAUGUCAACAAUGAUGCAUCAUGUCACAAUUGGAUAUGCCCUCUCUCGCAUUGGGAGGCUGGCGGCGAGGUCUGGGUCGAGGACGAACAAGGCUCUUCCUGGCAAAAUGCCCGUGGUGUGUGGCGACGAGGCCGCCUUUUGCCCGUGCGACAGCACCCUGUUCUCUUGGCGUCGCAUGACUUGCACAAGGUUUUGCCAUGGAAGGGGAACCGGGUCGUGCUGGUGGCGUUCAUGCCUCGCGGUUUGUCUGGACUUGAGCCGGAACAUCAGCGCCUCAUGUCCAGUGCAGGUUUCGUGCUGCCAGGGAUUGGGCAUGCGUUGCCUCCUUUCGUGCGUGAGGGCGGAGCCCUGCAAGACGCCUUAAUCUUUUGUGGCACUGCCGGCGUUGCUGCCGCUAUGCAGGCACGAGGUUGUGAUGUCCUUGGCAUUGACAAAGACUUGCGUCCGCGCAAAGUGCGCGCACCGGCGGUGCGCCUGGACUUGUGUGAUGCGGAACAGCGUCGGCUUGUGUGGCAGGAGAUCCAACGGGCCGAUGCCGUCUGGCUGGCUCCUCCGUGUGGCACAUCGUCCCGGGCAAGAGGCAUACGUUUGCCUUCCGGGGGACCGCAACCCAAGGCCUUGAGGUCGGAGGAUUUCCCACAGGGCUUUCCAAGCUUGCGUGGCGUCAACAAAGCACGGGUGACGGCAGCGAACACUUUGUAUGCGUUUUGCGCUGAGGUCUUUGAGUAUUGCCGUCAAAACCACAAGGUAGCCGUCAUAGAGAAUCCCGAACGUUCCUUCAUGUGGCUCACUGUGUGGAUGCAGCGUGUGUUGUCCAUGGGCAGGUGGCAUGUACUACAUGCGUGCAUGUAUGGGUCCCGGCGUUUGAAGCGCACAGCCUUGCUGGCCACGCAUGAUUUGCCGUCCAUGCGCAGCCAGUGUGAUGGCGCCCAUGCACACAUGGCAUGGGGGCGAUGCAAGCAAGGCGCCGGGUGGGCUUUCGCUACGGCCGCCGAGGUGAGCUAUCCCCGGCCCAUGUGCAGUGCCGCGGCCAAUGAUUUGUGUGCUAUCCUGCGAGCCAAGGGUUCCUUGCUUGAUGGUUCAUAUGCUUCGCGCACCGCUUUGGCCACUGUUGCGUCGCAGCGUCAGCCACGACGCGAUGGCCCGCAAGUGGGACCCGAGGAGUUCCUAUCCACCGUGACUGUACAGGUGCCUGCUGAGGUCGAGGUGCCGGACUGCAUACCGGCUACUGGGUGCUUGGUGCCGGGUCUUGGGGGUGUUCCUGCUGGCUCCAAAUUACUUGCCUCACGUCGUUGCGAAGAAGGGGGGAAGGUAGUUCGUGAGGUUGUGUUUGGCAUAUACAGGACACCAGAUGCAUUUGUCAAUGAAGCUUUGAAGUGCAUACAUCCGUUUGACAAGCCGGGAGCUUUAGACAUGGACAAUGUGCAGGCUAUGGCCAAUAUCUUUCAGCAUGGGAUAGAGGGCACGAAGGCUUUUCGAGAGAGGAUGUUGGAUCACUACAGAAACAGAGCAAGGGAGCUGCAGCCCAUGGAGGAUGCGGCCAAGGGCCAAAUGCACCCCGAUGUGAAAGCAAUUAUGGGAUCCAAGCGCUUGGCGGCGCGGGUGCUCAAAAUGGUGAUGGCCCGACUGUUUUGGUUGGUGAGCACCAAUUAUUACGAUGACUACUGCCAAAUGGAACUUUCCCCGCUGAUCGAGUCGGCUUCGCAGACGGCUGAGGCGUUGCUGGAGCUCCUUGGAUGGGAGGUAGCCCGAGGCGAUAAGCUCAAGGACUUCGCGAAGUCUUUCGACAUCCUAGGGGUGACUGUCAGGUUCGAUAGAGCUUGUGAGGGCAUCGUAGAGGUGUGCAACAAGGCUGGAAGGAUUGAAGAGCUCACGAGUGCGUUGCAAAACCUUGCGAGUGGGGCCUGUGGUCACAGUGAGCUGGCAUCGUUCAAAGGGCGCAUGUUGUUCGCUACCAACCAUGUGUACGGAAGGUGUGCGCAAAUAUGCACCCAACUCAUCAGCCAGGCCCAAAGAUCCGGUGAUGUUGCGGUGGCCCGGGAAGCCAUACUGGAUGCAGCGCGCUUGGCGUUGGAUACCUUGCGAGCAUCGGGCCCGCGACGGCUGUCGUGUUGGGCUCAUGAACCGCCCGUGCUCAUCUUUUCUGAUGGUGCCCAUGAAGAUCAAAUUGUGACACAUGGAGCCGUGCUCUUUGACCCACUUACAGGGAGACAAGAGUUCUUUGGUGAUUUUGUACCAGAGUGGCUAGUGAAGCGGUGGAGGUCUAAGGGCUUAAAGCAGUUGAUCUUUUUCGCUGAGUUGCUACCUGUGGCAGUUGCCAAGGCGACCUGGGCACAUGUGCUCGAAGGUCGGCUCUGUUUCUUCUUCGUGGACAAUGAAGCCGCGAGAGCUAGCUUGAUCAGAUCCUUCACACCUGUGAUCAAUGCAACUUCCAUCCUGAUGGAUGUGGCUUUGGCAGAUGUCAAGUCUAAUGCAAUAUCCUGGUACUCGCGCGUUCCAUCAAAGAGCAACAUAGCAGAUGCAGGACACUCAUGA